GGCCCGUUGGACUGUCUAAUCUGCUCCAGGCAAUGCCUUGUGCGCCUGGACAAACACCUCCUGAGACACCACCAAAUCAUGUCAGCUGCGGAACGAGAGCCAAUAAUGCUAGAGGCAAGGAGGCUUGCCAUCGCCUGAGAGUUUAUGGACCUCCGGGCAACCGACCCCUACCCGCCUAUGGUCUCCACUCUUGGGGCUCUCAGCGAUCCAGACGACGAUGGAGCUAUGGACCUGACCGUGGAAUCCCUCGCGCCCAGCAUGAGCAGCAGUGCCGAGCAAGCCACCCGGGUGGUGCAUCCUGACUCAUCCGGACAGCCGGUCCAACCACCUACCCCUCUCAAGAGUACAUGGCAAAUCCGCCUGGAGAAAGAGGACAUGGAGGAGGAAGAGGGGGUAAAGGAGGGAGAAGAGGAGGCCGUGGUGUUGGCGGAGGAAGAAGAAGGCAUAGACAUGAGUCGGCAGAGGAUGACUUCUGCCCCCACCCAGGGUUGGUGGGAGAAGCCUUUGGGUACGGCCUCGGCUCCGCUGUCAUCUGCUGGUGCCGCCACUGCAACCCUGGGUCAGUGGUGGAGGAUGCCUUCAACUCCGAUGUCCAGCCAGUCCAGUUGCCAACGUUACAGUUCCCAGACGAAGGAUGGGAAUAACAGCAAUCCAUCAUCCUGCUGCAACUGUAAAUGUCUGGAACUGCUGAAGCGGGUGGAAGCACUGGAAGCCGCCUUGAAGAAGAUGUCAAAGGAAGCUCCAGCAGUGGCUAGGACUUCCAUGUCAUCAGCUAGGACAUCCUCUGACAUCCAGUCGACGACAGCCAAGAAGCGCGCACGGCAGGAACCGCUUCAAAAGACCCCCGAUUCUGCCCUCAAAGGAGAUCAAGUGCUGAAAUGCGAAAUGAAGGGGACGCUGUAUGAAAAGGGCAUCGGUGACCUGCAGGAGUUCAAAUUGUCAGGCCGGAAUGGCCGGAAAGCAAUCGACAAUGCAAAUCAGGUCGCUACUCAUUGCUUCCGGUUCUCUUAUUACAUGGUGGGUAGCCUGCCUGAAAGCGCCACAAAGCACGACUUGCGAUUUCUUGCCUGGAUGGACAAGCUCAGGAAAUACCCGAAUUACCUGAAGAACAAGGGGUAUAUGCCAACCACAAUUCGGAACAUGACGCUAAAUAUCGUCAGCCUCUACAAACAUGUCAAAAAUGUUUUCUUGGAAGAGAGCAGACUGAAGGUGGAAGACUUUGACCGUGUACUGUAUGAGUUGACCAGGCUCCAAGCUGAAAUUAGAAGGGAUGUUGUCGUCCGGCAACAGCGGGUCAAGCGGCAAAAGACCAACAACCAACUUGAUUCGGAACAGGAACUAAGCUUCCUUUAUGCCGCCAAGAGACGGAUUCCCAUGCUGAUGGAUGCCAUAGACAAAGAUGGAUACCAAAGGGACCAACACUCUACUCUCAUGGGUUACUUGAUGGGUUACCUAUGUGUAAUCAGUGGCCACCGGUCAGUGGUGCUGACAAGCAUGACAAAGGAGCAUGUGGCCAAUGCAGAUCAGUGGAAUGAUGGCACAAGAUUCCAGAUCUUGGGGCAGAAUCUGGAAGGCUUCCGCCUUCUCACUUACCGUCAGUGUUACACUCGGGCCAGCUUCCGGAUUCUGGACAAUUCCACAUUCCAUAUUGCAGACAUUUCUGAUAUGGAAAUGCAGAAUCUGGAAGCCCUCCAUACUCUCGCUUAA